AUGUCUGAAACCUCAGGUCUCUCACCAGUUUCCACAGUUUCAUUGACUGCUCCCACCUCUACAUAUACAUAUUGCACCUUAACCAAAGUAUCGACAUCAGCUACCGCUACCGCCAUCUUUGAGGGUUUAAAUAACGUGCAGUUCGAGGAUUUUGCAGCUCAGACACCUAUUGCUGAGGAAACCAUUGAGACUACAGAGAAAACAGAGCCUCAACUAGCGGCAAACACGAGAGCAGAAUGUAAAGAUGCUCAUCUGGACGUAUUGCAGAUCAUAAAAAGAACAACAAGGGAAGAGCAUUCGGUUAGUGAGCUGAAUGUGUGUAGCAAGCAUCAAGCCAAGAAUCAAGGCCAGAAUGAUGUUUUUAACGGACCAAGCCUUUUUAGAUUAGCUGAUUAUGAGACACAGGCGCCUAUCAAUGCAGUGACAUCGUCAGUUCAACCGGACCUAUCAUCAGUGCAACCGGACCUAUCAUCAGUGCAACCGGACCUAUCAUCAGUGCAAGCCAUUGAGGCAACUAAGGACUCUUUGGCUACCAGCAUGCAAGUAGCAGUAACAGGACGAACGUUGAUGUUUCAGCAGCAACAUCUAUACUUUACUGAACGCUCUAUUCCAAGAGAGAGGCAAGGAGAAGAAAAGGUCAACACUGUUGUAUGGAAGCAACCCACACCAUUUAUGAAAAGACCAGCAGUCGAUGACGGUUUAACGAACGAUGGCCAUUUUGUUAAUCAUGACUCUGUCGCUCCAGGCAUGCAACCCAGAAGUCGACGAAAGUGUCAACCUUCCACAAUCACUAGUGAACCUGGUAUUUUCAGUGAUGGGACUGAUAUUAUUCAAGGAGACAACGUAGUAUAUCCAGUGUACAAUCCAAAGAUAGUGAAACUUCUGUCCCGGGAAGACGCAACUGAAACAGUCGUUAGGAGUGCAAUCCAGUAUCUGAUUAAGGACAAAGACAUGACACUCUCUUAUACUUCAGUCCUCUCCGUGAUCGAUAUCUUGGGCAGAAACGAUCGAGAUCAGCCUGGCGGGGUUAUUCCUCCAACGUUUUCAGCAAAGUUAAAGUCAGAGUCAAACUCAACAAUCAACUUAUUUUCUCGGCAAAAAAAUAUGAAAGUUAAGCUCAGCAGACUACUUUCCAAACUGUUGAGGAUCAUAACCCAACCGGAGAUUUCAGAGGAACUAGUUCGUGAAAUAGUGCGACAGAAUGUGAUCUCAGCAGGAGCACUUUACCUUCAGCUCUACAGGACUAUUCAAGAUGCUGGAUAUAGUCUUCAGGAUCAAGAUCACCUCCGGAUUUGUCUGUUCCUUGUCGGUCAUCACAUGACUGAAGACGCGUUACCAUGUCUUAACAGUAUUGACACUGCAAGAUGGACCGGUAAGGUGUAUCGCGCUGCUAUAUUGUGCCACCUUUUCUCAAAACCACGGCAAUUACAUCAAGCGGAAUUUAAACUGAAGGAAUAUCUGGAGUAUGUCGAAACGCCAUUAUUGUCUAACAGGAACAAAUUGAAUUUCAGUUUCAUGUCACUUCAAAAUGAUCGAAACCGCAAAAACGUCAAUAGAACCAUGAUCAGGGAAUGGUUCGAGCUCCAAUUGGACGCGUCAAGGUGGGAGGAGGUGAAAGCACUGUAUGAGCGACGACGUGAUAGGCUCUUGGAGGCUCCUAACAAAAUUGAAAGGUUUGCUGCAUACAUCUCAACGAUCAUGGUUCGAAAUGAUGGUCCCUGUCUGAGGCAUCCAAAUAACAGUCGGCGUGCCUCGACAGGUUCCUAUGUAAGCGCUUCUUCAUCCCUAUCCACAGGAACUAUCACAUCAUCAAACUCCGCAACUCUUCCAAAAGUAAUCAAGCCGAAAGAAUCCUCUUUCCUAGGAGCGUGGAAGCCAUCCUCUGUUUUCUCAGCAUUCACUCUCUCUAGCAGCAAUCCAGCAAUCUGCAGCUGCUCCCCCCUCAACCCCGACUACAGCAUUAAUGCAAUCCAUACAACUGAUAGUAGACCGAUAGUGAACGCUUCAUUGAAUCUCGCUCUCCAGUCGAAAUCGCCAGCCAAGGUUCGGAUUAACAGUCAACUUAUAGCACUCUAUAAUGACAUGCUUGAAGAAUGUGUCAAUCAUAAGCAAUUUGAGUACGGUUGGCGGCAAGUAUAUGAGCGCAUGGGACCACAUCUAGAAAAUAAGCGCACAUCAAAAAUCGCAAUGACGUUAUGCAAGCGCGCUUUCUUGGGUCAUAGUGGCCAUAGCCCUGACCAGCCCGGUUCGCCCAAUAUGUCAACUACGCACACAUGUUUUGAAGACGAACUCAACUCGUUUGACCAUAUCGACGAACAGUAUGAUGGUGGCGAAGGUGAAGGGGUCGGCAAUGGCGAGGAAAACCACGAUAGCUGGGGUGACUCUUUAGAAGCUUUCAGACAGAAGUGUAGUGAUGGGGUCUGUACAAGGACGAAGCGAGAGGAUGCUGAGAUCUGGGAGGCCCGCGCAUGGGUGAUCUACAACAGGGUUAUGGCCAAUCCUUCCGCUUCUAUCAUUCAGAACAAUAACUCAUCUUCCGGAUCUCCCCUAUUCUCUACUCCCGCUCAGCAACCCUUGGUUUCUACUCAAGGCCUAGACACGGCUAGUGUUGAUGGUACUGGAAACAAGCACUGGGUGACACCAUCUAUUCCAUCACAGUACUUAGCCACUGCCAUGACGGGCACAACAUCAUUGGCAAUCAUUUUGCAAAGUAUUUUGACAAUCGCCAUCAACUCUCCAGAAAGAUCAUCCCGGUUGCUGAAAGCGAUCAAGGUCUACAGCGCCAUGAGGGACGAUCCCUUGCAGCGAUAUCAGGUGGAGCUGCGAGAUCCAUUUGUGAUGACUUGUAUGAUCAAGGUUAUUUAUGACACAGUCAUGACUAUAGUGAAGGGGCAACACCAGCAACAUCACUGCAUGGAAGCAGGGGCCAACAUUGGCCAAACUCAACAGCAGUCAGCAAUGGCGUUUGGGCCAUUGAUCGAUCUGGCCUUCGAGAUCUAUGCCGAUAUGAGAAGCGUUUACUCCAUUCGUCCCUUGGCGCAACUAACCUCGCUAACACCACCACUCUUAUUAAAAACACCAAAUAAUCAGAGUCGUACUUGUGGUCAGGGCACUGGCCACAGUGAUAAGGCAAACAAAUUGACAAUUAGCAAUACCAUGUCAUUGUUCUUCCAGCUUUCGAACCGCCCUCCUCCUGCACCAUUGUCUGCAGUUGACUUGUCAGCAGGGGGUGCAUUGACAUCUCUACGGUUUAUCAGCCCUCGUUUGGCAUCAAGUACUAUUGCUGGCUGGCCAGUUGUUGAUACAGAAAACGGUGGAGAAACGUGCCAAAGUACGGAUACAGAUGUUGUUGGAGCUACUCCUUGUAUUUUACAAGAGCUUAAUCCGUCACUUGUUCCCAAUCCAUACGCCCGUCGACUCCCCAGCGAACUCUACCUUGCUCUCCUUCAUCUCUGUAACCAAGUCCCCAUAUCAGGUUUACGUCAGUCGAUUACGGUUGUGAAGACGAUUGUGGCAGAUAUGAUGAUGGCCAAAUCGGGACAACAACCUGCGAACCUAGAUCGCCACCUGGCUGCAGCGCUACAGUUUUAUCAUGAUCAAUGGAUGUGUCGGCCACAGGAGCUCAAAGGUCGCAGGUCAGCAUCGCCUGAAGCAUACGGUCGUCAUGAUAGCACUAACGAUAAUGAGGAAAGCUUUAUGCCAGGAGUGAGUUAUCGCGGUAGAGAUCGUCGAUGUUGCCUGGAGGGUGUGGAAGAAAGUCAAGGAUGUAAAUAUCAUGGGUGGAUGUAUCGUCCAGAGGAGUAUGUGCUUGAGCAUAUGAAAGCAUCGAGUUCAUCCUCAUCAUUAUUCAGAAGGGAGUCGGUAUAUGAUCUGUCAGACCCUAUCAGUAUGAACAUUAACUUGGCAUCCACGUCAGAGCCGGAAUUGAGAGCAAGGGGGAGAAGGAGUGGUAGUAAUGUGAAUACAUAUAACUCUUUCAAUGGGACAUCCUUUCAGAGUGAUACUGGUGGUCAGAGUGAAGACUCACAAGAAGAAGAGGAUGAACAACAAUAUAAACAUCAAGUGGAAGAGGACAAAGAGAGAGAAGAUUCAUAUUACAGUAUCUCGAAGAACGAUGCUGAUCUUGAUGAAUUAGAUCAAUAUCUUGAAGCAAGGGCAGCAUAUACUCCUUCAUCAUCAUCAUCAUCAUCAUCUGCAUCUGCAUCCGCGUCCGCAGUGCCUAACUCAAAAGGGAGGACGAACGGUUUUGAUGAGACAAGAUCUCAUUGGACGGAAGAUCGCAUUGAUCACGAUACGUGUAAUGAUCGACUCUACUGGGAUCUGUGGAGUCAUCAAGAUCCAGUGCUGUAUCGGAUAAAGUUUUCAAGACGUCGGGCACGGGCACUUUGGCGACACAUUGCCAAUUUGAUGUAA